UUGAUCUAGGUAUAUAUUAUUUCAUUCCCUGUCAUGGAUCCCCUUAAAUCUGGAUCAAAAUUGUGUUCUGAGUGUUACAAUUUCGAUGUCCUUACACAUUGUAGUCUCGGUUCAUUAUUAAUGGAAAUAGGAAUUUGUUUGCACCCUGUUGAGUAAACAGCACAUUUUCUAUUACCAUUAAUAACCGAGAGAACAUGUGUAGACACCGAAUUUUGUGUACCCGAAGUAUUUUGUACCUUUAAAAAUUUAAAAUUCCCGCUUCUAACUAGCCGAUAAUCUAGAUACCUGUUUUUACCGUCAAAGCUUCCCGUUACUGACGGUCAGCCGGAUGUAGCGCAACGCGGUUCCAAGUUUUAACAUUAUACCGCCACCUCUCUUAUUUUACUUUCUCUAUGGUUGACAUUAGGAAUUUGGUAAAUUCUUGAAAGUUGGAUUUGUGAGAUUUGCCAGUUUUCCGUACUUUGUAUGUAAUGUAUUAUUAUUAAUACUCAUCAAUAAAUAAUUCAUUCCAUCAUAGUGUUCCCAUCAAAAUAGAAAUGGCAGCUUCCAUAGAAAUUCCUUUGCGGGAUACUGACGAGGUGAUAGAACUUUAUUCGGAUCAGCUUCCAGAAGGAGAUGAAGUUCUGGGUAUUUUACGACAAGAAAAUACGCAAUUGUCGAUAUGGGUGAAUCUUGCUUUGGAAUACUACAAGCAAAAUCAAAUCGAUGACUUUCUCAAAAUCUUGGAAGCAUCUCGUUCAGAUGCCAAUGUCGAAUACCGUGACUAUGAAAAGGACCAGAUGCGCGCCCUUGACAUGCUGGCUGCCUAUUAUGUGCAGCAGGCUAAUAGGGAGAAAAACAAGGAUAAAAAACGAGACCUUUUUACCAAAGCUACCUUACUGUACACAACCGCAGAUAAAAUCAUUAUGUACGACCAGAAUCAUUUGCUGGGUCGAGCAUACUUUUGUCUUCUCGAGGGAGACAAGAUGGAGCAGGCGGAUGCUCAGUUUAAUUUCGUACUAAAUCAGUCGCCCAAUAAUAUACCAUCGUUAUUGGGAAAAGCGUGCAUAGCCUAUAAUAAAAAAGAUUUUAGAGGUGCUUUGGCUUUUUAUAAAAAAGCACUUCGUACCAAUCCUAGUUGUCCUGCUGCAGUUAGGCUAGGCAUGGGUCAUUGCUUUAUGAAGUUAAACAACCAAGACAAAGCCAGAUUGGCUUUUGAAAGGGCAUUAGAAUUAGAUCCCAAAUGCGUUGGAGCGCUAGUAGGUUUAGCUAUUUUAAAACUGAAUAAGCAACAUCCAGAUUCUAUCAGAAACGGCGUCCAAAUGCUAUCUAAAGCUUAUACUAUUGAUUCGUCAAAUCCUAUGGUUUUGAAUCACUUAGCGAAUCAUUUCUUUUUUAAGAAAGAUUAUAGCAAAGUACAACAUUUGGCUUUACAUGCCUUUCACAACACCGAAAAUGAGGCAAUGCGUGCUGAAAGCUGUUAUCAGCUUGCUAGAGCCUUCCACGUACAGGAUGACUACGAUCAAGCCUUUCAGUAUUAUUACCAAGCAACACAGUUUGCAACUGUGGCAUUUGUGCUGCCACAUUUCGGCUUGGGUCAAAUGUAUAUCUACAGAGGCGAUACUGAAAACGCUGCUCAAUGCUUUGAGAAAGUCUUGAAAGCUCAACCGGGCAACUACGAAACCAUGAAAAUUUUGGGAUCCUUAUACGCAAAUUCUAGUUCUCAGUCAAAAAGGGAUAUUGCGAAAAAUCAUUUAAGAAAAGUGACUGAACAGUUUCCAGACGACAUCGAAGCAUGGAUUGAAUUGGCACAAAUUUUGGAACAAUCAGACUUGCAAGGGUCGUUGAAUGCAUAUGGCACCGCCGUUAAUAUUUUGAAGAAAGAUGUUCAAGCUGAAAUUCCCACGGAGAUCUUGAAUAAUGUUGCUGCAUUGCAUUAUAGGACAGGAAAUCUGGAAGAAGCCAAGAAAACCUUAGAAGAGGCCUUAGAGCGUGCAAAAUCGGAAGCACAACACGAUCCACAGUAUUAUAAUAUUAUAUCUGUUACUAUUACCUAUAAUUUAGCCCGACUAAACGAAGCACUCUGUAUAUUUGACAAAUCAGAAAAGCUCUACAAAGACAUUUUGAAAGAACAUCCGAACUAUGUUGACUGUUACUUAAGACUGGGUUGCAUGGCGAGAGACAAAGGCCACAUUUACGAAGCAUCAAAUUGGUUUAAAGAAGCUCUGGGCAUUAAUUCGGAACACCCGGAUGCUUGGUCUUUACUGGGAAACCUUCACUUGGCUAAAGCCGAAUGGGGACCCGGACAAAAAAAAUAUGAAAGGAUAUUAAAGAAUCCGGCUACGUCUCAAGAUUCGUACUCGUUGAUAGCUCUUGGUAACGUAUGGUUACAAACUUUGCAUCAACCCAGCAAGGACAAAGAAAAAGAAAAAAAAUACCAAAGUAGAUCAUUAAGCAUGUUUAAGCAAGUGCUGAAAAUAGACCCGAAGAAUAUAUGGGCUGCUAAUGGAAUUGGGGCGGUGUUAGCUCACAAGGGUGCCGUUAAUGAAGCAAGAGACAUAUUCGCACAAGUUAGAGAAUCAACAGCGGACUUUUGCGAUGUUUGGUUGAAUAUCGCACACAUUUAUGUAGAGCAAAGACAGUAUGUUAGUGCUAUUCAAAUGUAUGAAAACUGUGUAAGAAAGUUUUUCAAAUACAACAACGUUGAAGUUCUUCAAUAUUUGGCUAGGGCCAACUAUAAAGCAGGCAAACUAAAAGAAGCAAAAAUGGUGCUAUUAAAAGCCAGAAGGGUUGCACCUCAAGAUACAGUACUGCUUUACAAUAUCGCUUUGGUUCUGCAGAGGUUGGCUACUCAAAUUUUGAAAGAUGAAAAGUCGACUUUACAAACGGUAUUGCAAGCUGUUCAUGAGCUAGGACUUUCGUUAAAGUAUUUUACGUAUUUGUCAGAAUUUGGGGAUAAAAUGCGAUACGACGUAAAUUUAGCGGGACUAGAAGCUCGACAAUGUAAGGAUUUGCUAUCUCAAGCGCAGUAUCACGUGGCCAGAGCCAGAAGGGUGGAUGAGGAGGAACGAUUACUUAGGAGAAAGCAAGAUGAAGAACGCACUGCAUUCAAAAUGAAACAGCUGGAGGAAAUGAAAAAACGAGAGGAAGAAAAACGGCUCACCAAAGAACAGAUGCUACAAAAACGUCAAGAAUACAAAGAGAAAACAAAGAACGCUCUACUGUUCCAGGAAAUGCCAUCCGAAAAGAAAACAAAGGGUGGAAGAGGCAGAAAAGACGUUUACGUUUCAGAUUCAGAAAGUGGGCAAGAAAAUCGAGAGGUGGGUGGCGAAUCGAGACCACCGAAAGACAAGAAAGAGCGAGGACGAAAACGCAGAAGAAGUGGGGACAGAAAGAAAAAAGGUGCAGGUGGUAGGAAAAAGAAAAGGCAUGGCAGCGGAGAGAUCAAUGACUCUGAUAGCAGCGGAGAACAACCUUCAAGGGGAAAGCAAGCACGAAAAGAAAAGAGGAGACCACAAAGGAAAGUCUCAGAUGAAGGACUUAGCGCUAAACAGAAGAGCAGAAUUGUUUCAAAAGCCACAAUUUCCACUAGUGAGGAUGAAAGUGAUAAUGAAAAGAGACCUCGACCGGUCAGUGACGAUAGUGACUCGGCAACAGUGAAUAAAAAACGUCGCAUUUCCUCCGGUUCGGAGUCAGAUAAAUCGAGAAGCAGGUCAAGAUCAAAAAGUAGAUCUCGAUCUAAGAGUAAGUUCAGCUCACGAAGUAGAUCAAGAUCGAAAAGUGGAUCUAGAUCAAAAAGUGGAUCAGGAUCUAGGAGCCGAUCCAGAUCAAGGUCCAAAAGCGGAUCAAGAUCAAACAGCAGGUCACAAUCUAGAAGCCAAUCUAGAUCUAAAUCAAGGUCUAGAAGCAGAUCCAGUGGUAAAUCAAGAUCGAGGUCGAGAUCGCGAUCGAAAUCCCAAUCUAGAUCUAAAUCCAGAAGUACUUCGAGGUCAAAGAGCAGAUCACGUAGCAAAUCUAGGUCAAAAUCAAAAUCGCCCUCACGCUCUAGAUCCAGAUCAAAAUCUGGGUCCCGAUCUAGGUCCAAAUCAAGAUCCAAAUCCAAGUCGCAUUCCAGAUCGCCUUCUAAGAGUGAUUAAAUAUGUAGACCUACGGCUAACAUUAAAAGUUUCAGACUGUCGGAUAAUACAAUAAUAAUAAUUGUAUUGAUUUGCUAAUUUCAAUAGAUGUACAUCCAAUGCAACAAAUAUUUUUGUAAUUAUUUCUUCUUUGGGACUUUAAAAGAUUUUUUUAGACCGUACAAAUAUGUUGGUCUGGUUUUAUUUAACUACAUUUAUUUUUUGUUAUUAGAGGCAAGUGAUUUUGAUUGUUGUUUAGAAAUUAAACACAGGUUUACAUAGUGUGUCUAAUGCAUAUUUAUGUAUAAAAUACAGAUUUAAUAGUUAAUAAAUAGUAUGCGGUAGUAAA